UCUAAAACUAUUCUGGGCAAUGACAAUCUCCUGAAAUGGUGUAUAUCGUACAGUCGCACUGAAACCAUUCAUACCCUCCAAUCACAGCAUCCAAUCACAGCAGCAAGAGCAAGCCCCUUCAUGGAAGAUAAGCGCAGCGAAGCCGGAACCGCACCGGCGGCUGGAGUCGAAUCGCCGGCAUCUGAGCCGGCCUCGUCGCGGCGGCGAGCCGGAGCCCAGAAAAGGAAAGCCAGCAACCUCGGCGCAUCGAACUCUUCGUCUGCACCGUCGAAACGCGUGACUCGCGAGAAGGCCUUUCUCUUCCAUGCUCCGAUCCAUAACGGCCCCUUGACCAGGGCACGCCAGGGCCCCAACAACUUCGCUGGCUCGGCCGUUUUGGCCUCGGCUGGUGGAGCGGCCGCCUCUGCCAAGAAGUCGAAUGAUCAGGUGGCUCCAGCGGUCACGGUGGAGGAGCUGAGUAAAGAGAGUGAAUUGGAAGCUUUGGAGGCUGUAAUGGAAGCUGAGUUUGAAGCUAUCAGAUCUCGAGGCGCUAAUGCUCAUGUGGUUCCCAGUCAUUGCGGUUGGUUUUCAUGGACAAAAGUUCACUCUAUUGAGGAGCGCACAUUGCCUUCUUUCUUCAAUGGAAAGUCCGAGACUCGGACUCCUGAUAUGUAUAUUGAAAUACGAAAUUGGAUUUUGAAGAAAUUCCAUUCUAACCCGAACACACCAAUUGAAUUGAAAGACUUGUCAGAGCUUGAAGUUGGAGACUUGGAUGCAAGGCAGGAGGUAAUGGAGUUUUUGGACCACUGGGGUUUGAUUAAUUUCCACCCUUUCCCACCAACAGAUUCUGCUUUGCCCAGUGUGGACAAUGAUGGGGAAACUGACAAGGAUUCCUUGGUUGAGAAAUUGUAUCGCUUUGAAACGCCCGAAGUGUGUGCUCCUGUUUUUCCAAAGACUAAUCUUACAACUCCAGCUAUGCCAUCUGGACUUUUUCCAGAGUCUGCAAUUGCUGAAGAGUUGGCCAGGGAUGAGGGGCCAUCAGUUGAGUACCACUGCAACUCUUGCUCAGCUGAUUGCUCUCGCAAGCGCUACCAUUGCCAGAAGCAGGCAGAUUUUGAUCUAUGUACUGAUUGCUUUAACAAUGGAAAAUUUGGUUAUGGUAUGUCAUCGUUGGAUUUUAUACUCAUGGAGCCUGCUGAGGUUCCUGGGGUAAGCUGUGGGAAAUGGACCGAUCAGGAGACACUCCUUCUCCUUGAAGCACUAGAACUUUACAAAGAAAACUGGAAUGAGAUUGCGGAACAUGUUGCUACAAAGACAAAAGCUCAAUGUAUAUUGCAUUUUCUUCAAAUGCCAAUUGAGGAAACAUUUCUUGAUGGUGAUGUCGAUAUUGAUGCCAAUUCCAAAGAAAUUGUUGACCCAGAUUCUACUAAUAAUGAUUCAUCUGUCUCUAAAGAUGCCCCUGAAACAAACGAUGUUAAGGCUGGUGCUGGUGAGGGUCAGCCCUUGACUUCUGCUAUGGAAACUUCGAAUACAGAUACAAGUGAAGUGAAGAUUGUUGAGGAGUCAAGGCAAGAAGAUGUAAGUGAGUUGAAAGUUAGUCAGGAAGUUUCAAGGGCAGACGAGAUCAGUGAAGUUCAAGUUGAUCAGGAGGGUGAAAACUGGGCACUGAAGGCUCUUAGGGAAGCAUUUGAAGCCAUCGGUUACCCGCCAGAACCUGAUAACCCACUUUCGUUUGCUGAAGUGGGAAAUCCUGUCAUGGCAUUGGCAGUAUUCCUGGCACGACUGGUAGGACCUGAUGCUGCGAUUGCUUCAGCCCACAGUUCCCUAAAAGCUAUAUCUGGCUGUUCUCCUGGCAUUCAGCUGGCUGCUAGGCACUGUUUUCUUUUGGAAGAUCCAUCAGAUGGCAAGAAUGAACCUGUUCCAGUUGGUUCUGAGAGGGAUGCUCAGGAAGAUGGAAAUCUGGAAGGCAGAAAUGAGAAAGAGGGGAACUCUACCUCAGUCUUGAAUGAGAAAGAAUUAUCUAAUAACCGCAAUAGCAAUAACAUUGAAGAAUGUGCUACCGAAGAAAUCCCGAAUGGUAUAUCUGCAGGGAAAGCACAUGCUGCAAAGGAACAAGGCGUUAUAGCUUCUAGUGACGUUGUUAGACCACAAAAUCUGGAUGAAAUAAGCAAUUCAGGGUUACCAAAGGACCAUCCACAGAGUACCAUGAUGGAAUCAGAUGAUUUGACUUCCAAGGUGGAACUUCCACCAAGUUCUGUGGAGGAAUCAAAAGAGAGAAUUUUAGUCGGAGAGCCUUCACUCCCUGUCGAGGCGCCGAAAGUUGAGCAUACAGUUUCUGAUUCUCUGCAUGCUGAAAAGAAUGAGCAGGAACCAGUCACAUCAGAUUCAGCAAGAGCGCCACCACAGCGUACAGAGGCACCAAAGGAUGGUAUUCCGUCUGAUUCUCUGCCCCCAAGAGAGUAUGACCAGGAUCAACCAGUUGCUACCAAUUCAAGUGGAAAGACUCUCCAACCUUCUGAGGUAUCAAUGGAUGUAGAUGUGGUGUCUGAUUCUCUGCCUAACAAAAAGAAUGAGCCUCAACAGCCAGUUCCAUCAAAUUCUGUUGAAGAGCCCUCUCAACCUACAGAGGCACCAACGGAUGUAGUUAUGGUGUUGGAUUCUGUAGCCUCAGAAAAUAAUCAACCUUCACAACCAGUAACAUCAAAUUCAGUGGACGAAAAUGGAGCAAAUAAAGGUGAGGACCAAAUUGAAGAGGGUAAAAAAGUCAAACAUGAGACUAUCGAAAGAAAAAACCUGAAUAAAUUUGAUAAAGUAAAGCGUGCUGCAGUCACAGCACUCUCUGCAGCAGCAGUAAAGGCAAAACUUCUGGCAAACCAGGAAGAAGACCAAAUCCGAGAACUUGCUGCCUUUUUGAUAGAAAAGCAGUUGCGUAAGUUGGAAACCAAAUUAGCUUUCUUUAGUGAGAUGGAAAAUGUGGUAAUGAGAGUAAGGGAGCAAUUGGAAAGGUCAAGGCAGAGGCUUUACCAUGAGAGGGCACAGAUAAUUGCAGCUCGACUUGGUAUACCGGCUUCCUCAUCCAGAGCAAUGCCAUCAUCAUUACCGACCAACAGAAUUGCCACAAACUUUGCGAACUCAGUUGCAAGGCCUCCAAUGAGCAUGACUUACCAAAGGCCAUCAAUGUUAAGACCCAUGGGGACAGUGGCUCCCUCCCCCUCAAACCUUUUGACGUCCAAUUCAGUGGCUGGGAGCUCGAUUCGGCCAUCUGGCCAGGACAAGCUUUCUUCAGUUGGGACAAAGUAGAUUUAAGGCCAUGCGAUAAAGUUUCAUUCAUUGUUAUCCCCAAACUAAUCUACUACCAGUUUUAGCAAGUGAAUCCUCAUUUUUUGUUAUGAUUUUUGCUCUUAUAGCUGUCAAAGCUGGAUGAAAAUAUGGCCAGCUGAGUACUACUUCAUUCGAACUUUCGAAGAUUGAAAGUGUUUUGACA